CCGAAGUAAGAAAAACACAGAAAGAAGAAGAAACGAUGGUGAACAAGCACUCAGUUUAUCUUUCCUGAUAUCUUUUGAAUUAUUAAUGAACAGGAGAAACAUGGUUCAAAAAUGGCCUUUUUAAAUGGUAGUCCUCCUGAGAGACUUUGCAUGCCGAUUGUUGAACAUAUUGAGUCAAAAGGUGUCCAAGUCAGACUGAACUCACGAAUAAAAAAGAUUGAGCUGAAUGAGGAUGGAAGUGUCAAGUGUUUUAUACUGAAUGAUGGUAGUACAAUUGUGGGAGAUGCUUUCGUGUUUGCCACUCCAUUGGAUAUUUUCAAGCUUCUUUUGCCUGAAGACUGGAAAGAGAUUCCAUAUUUCAAGAAGUUGGAGAAGUUAGUCGGAGUACCUGUGAUAAAUGUCCAUAUAUGGUUAGUGGUGAAAUGUUUACUUGCACGUCAUAAUGGUCAAAACUAUGUGUUUGCCCUUCUAACUGGCUAUCGCGAUCCUCCUGCUGGUGUUUCGGAUAAGUCUCCAGCCCUUGUGAUAUGUUCGAUACUGCGGCUGAGAGGGCAGGAAUCAAUAUCAACUUUCAAAGGCGGAUUACUUGCUUCGAGGGGGAUUCCCUGGUGUCCUGAUGAUGCUCGUAACCCCCAUACUCAAUCUAGUGGUGCGAAUGAUGAUGGGACUCACGUGUCAAACACACAAAGGAAUGUUUGA